AUGGGAGGUGGCAGAGAUGAGCAAUCUGUCUAUCCGUUCUACAAGGUCAACAUCCAUGAGGCGCGGGCGGCUGCACAUGUAGCACGGAGCUUGCCCUUCCUCGUCUUCGUGACAAUUGUUGGUUUGCUGAUUUUCGGCGUCUUCUGGAAUGCAGUGUUACUUCUCACAGUCACGGCUACUCUAAACGUAGCAAUGUGGCUGUGGGUCGUUUCCACUGCUGUCUUUUGCAUGCUCGGCGUCGAUGCUGCAGAGGAGCAGCUUGAAAAGGCAAGGGUGGAAGCCAGCUCCGGCCCGUGUGAGGUGGAAAGCCAGGAUAAUGUGCGACACACCAUCGUUCUUCCAAACUACAAGGAGGAUUCAGGCAUCCUGGAGACCACGCUAGAAAGCCUUUCUGAGGCACGUGGAUCUGCACACUUUAUCGUGGUGCUUGCCAUGGAGGACAGGGAAGCGGAGGGCCGGGACAAGGCUGCCAAGAUGGAGGCCAAGUUCAAGGACAAGUUCUUCAAGAUCUUUUCCACUCAUCAUCCUCAGAAACUGCAGGAGCGUCAUCUGGAUGGAACCGAGUGUCCAGAGUUGCCGGGCAAAGCUUCCAAUGUCAAAUGGGCUGUCAAGCAGGUCUGUAAGGAGAACAAGAUUUCCGACAGAGAUGUCCUCACUGUGUGCGAUGCAGAUGUCAUCAUGCAUCCCAAUUACUUCGAGUACAUUAGCUCCGAGUUCGUGAAGUUGAAGGAGGACAAAAGCCACUUGCACACUAUGUGGCAGGCUCCUCAGCUGCCAUGGCGAAACUUCUACGAGAGUCCGGUCGUUUCUCGCGUCUGGGGGUACAUCAGCUCACUGUGGGAGUUUGGGGGCGUCAGCAGUGUGAUGUACGGAUGGCAUCACAUGGUCUUCAGUGCAUACAGCUUACCGCUUGAACUUGCCAGAGAUGUUGAGUGUUGGGAUGGAGACGUUAUUGCGGAGGACCAUCACGCUUUUCUCAAGGCUUGGUUCUACAGUGCGUACAUGAUGUCUCAGAAAAAGGAGGAGGACGUCGUGCCCAGGCUGGUGCGGGUGAAGCCCGUCAUGUUACCUGCCAAGUCGACAUCCGUCAACUCGCCAGUGUCAUACUGGAGCUCUUGGGAGGAACGAUGGCAGCAGGCCAAGCGGCACGCUCAAGGAGUCGCCGAGGUGUCCUACGCCGCCUUGGCUGCCUGGGACAUGCUCGGCUCUGUGCCUGUUACUUCUUUCGGGAUACGCUUCAUGUGGAUGCUUUUCAAAGUGGCCGCUGCCUGA